AUGACUGUACUGUAUCUGGGAUGUGAAAUUUCGCAGGGGCAGCGAAAACUGGGAAUAAAUCGUAUAGAGGCAAUUUGUGCCAUUCCAGAACCACGGAAUCUACACAAGUUAAGAACCUUUCUGAGCAUGGCAGGGUGGUGCAGAUUGUGGAUAAUGGGCUAUGGACUUAUUGCUAAACCCCUAUAUGAAGCCCAGAAAGCACCUGGUUUUGUUUGGGAUAAACCACAGAAAGAGGCCUUUAAAAAACUGAAGGAGGCAUUAAUGAAAUCCCCGGCACUGGGACUCCCGGACUUGACAAAGGACUUUCAGUUAUUUGUCCAUGAGAGACAGAGAUUAGCACUGGGAGUAUUAACCCAGAAACUGGGAAGCUGGAAGAGACCAGUGGGAUAUUUUUCGAAACAGCUGCAUCCGGUAAGUGUGGGAUGGCCUUCAUGUUUAAGAGCAGUAGCAGCAACUGUUGUUCUGAUACAGGAGGGCAGAAAAUUGACUUUGGGAAAACAUAUUGAAGUGUUUGUACCACACAUGGUAACGACUGUUUUAGAACAAAAAGGGGGGUAUUGGUUAUCCCCCAGUAGAAUGAUGAAGUAUCAAGCAAUCUUAACAGAACAAGAUGAUGUGAGUUUAAAAACCACUAACCUGCUGAACCCAGCAGCUUUUCUAGGAACUGAUCUAGAAGAAGGAACCCUUGAACAUAACUGUAUAGAGGUUAUCGAACAUACAUAUGCAACCAGGACAGACUUGAAAGAUGUACCUCUUGAGCAACCAGACUGGGAACUUUUCACAGAUGGAAGCACUUUUGUGGAGAACGGGACACGGUAUGCAGGAUAUGCUGUGACAAUGCAACAGGAGGUAAUUGAAGCAAAAGCAUUGCCUCCUGGAACAUCAGCUCAAUGGGUGGAACUGAUAGCUCUCAUAAGAGCAUUAGAACUGAGUAAUGACAAAAAGGUAAAUGUAUGGACUGAUUCAAAAUAUGCAUUUGGUGUAGUACACAUACACCGAGCAUUAUGUAAGGAACAAGGACUGUUGUCUUCACAAGGAACUAAUAUAAAAUAUCAAAAGGAUUUGGAAUUAAUAACUGCUGUACAAAAGCCUAAACAGGUGGCUAUUAUGCAUUGCAAAGCACACCAAGGAGGAACGUCAAAGAUACCAGAAGGAAAUACACUGGCCGAUCGGACAGCUUGGCAAAUAGCUCGGAAGGUAUAG